AUGGUUGCGCCAGCUGUGCCAGAAAUCACCGAGGAGAUUCUCCACGAGUCGAUUGACGCCCGAACCGAAUCGCUUGCCGGUCUUCGAGAGCUUGGUCCCCCUGAUCUCGUCCACCUGCUGAAGCAUGCCGUCCGGAACCCAGCGAAACAGACUGGUGUCUAUCACCAUGUCACCGGCGUCGAUGCGUCCUCCUCAGCCAGUCUUGCCGCAUACAUCAACACCCUGACCUACAAAGAGACAGGGCCCAAUGCGACCAAUAAAAUUGUUGAGGGCUUGUUCUGCUGCUACAAUGCCUUUUCCCGUCUAGACAUGCGCGUGCAUGUUUCCAUCCCUGGAACCGUAGAGAGCUAUUGCGUCGACGAACGAGGCGAGAAGAGAAAGGCUUCAGAUGACCUGUGGUUGGAGACGUACCUAUGCAGCGUCCUGCGAGCAUACUCAUACGCCGACGAUGGCAGUGGCGACACGAUCCGAAAGAUUAUGGGUGUACGAAGAUUCAACCCUGUCACCAACACCGAGACCGAACACCGUUUCCUUCAUGCUGCCGAGCAGCUCUUCUUUAGGGGAUGGCAAUUGGGCUCGGACUCGGUGGUUCAGGUGCCUACCAAUGUUUCCAACCAUUUGACCACAGGUCUCCUCAAGUACCUCGAAACGACCGGCCGAUACGCUUCAGGCAUCAACCUCUUUGAGAAGCUCCGAACCCAGAGUGUUGAGGUCUCGUCUUUGCUGGCAAAGGUCAUGUUCAUGGGACAUGAGGAGGUUUCGGGUGUCAGGACUCUUCACCAGUCCCUGCAAGAAACCCCAAUGGACUAUGUCAUGCUUGAUACUCAGGCCGAAUUCCUCAUGCACAAGGCCAGCAGCGCCCCCACCCCUGAACUCAGGGAAGAGAGGUUGAAGAUGGCUCUGGGCUGUGCGGAUCGGGCAACGGUUGCUGCUCCGACCGAGUUUAGCACUUGGGCGAGACUCGCGCAGGUUUACGUGGCCAUGGAGGACUGGGACAACGCUCUCACCAUCCUCAACUCGUGCCCCAUGUUUACCUACCAAGACAAGGACACACCUUUGAUGCCAGAGCCAAAGGAGGUCCAUCUACCAACCCUCCCCGAGACUCGACUCGACGAGAUUGACAGCGAGCCCGAGUCUAGAUACUCGGAGCAAGUCGAUCCCAGCCUUCUCAACCUGCGCGCGGCGUCGUACCGAGGCACCUUUAAGCAGGCAUACGACAUCCUGACCGAGAUGACGGCCAAGAUUGGCUGGGACCAGCUGUUGAAGAUUCGCAGCAACGUAUUUGUGAUGGAGGAUGAGUACCGCACAGAAAAGCAAGAGGCUACUCAGCCUGCUUCAACAAAACGCACCCCUAGUAUGGAUGGUCUGCGCGGCACACCUGAUCAAACCACCAACGGAGGGGAUGAGUCGGAGAGCGAAACCCCAAAGAAGUCUGCCGAAAAUGACGACCAUCUGUCCAAGCUCAACACCAAGCGCCUUUGUGAGCGCUGGCUGGACAGCCUUUUCAUGGUUCUCUACGAAGACCUGCGUGUCUACACAAUCUGGCGUACCCAGAUGGCUCAGUACCGCGCUCAGCAGAUGCAGUACAAGAAGUCGGCGGAGGAAUGGGAGAUUCUGGGCUCCCUUGCUGAACGUCUCCAGCACGUUGACGAGGCCGUCGAAGCCUACCGAGCUUGCUUGUCGAUCCGAUUCAGCCCCAAGGCUUUAUCGGGUAUCCUACGGGUCUUUGAGAAGACCAAGAGCACGAGGGAGACGGUUGCAUCCGUGAUCAGACUCGUGACAUGGCAGUACAGGUGGUACAGCGAGUUCAGCCCUGAGCUGCUACACACGAUACGAACCUUGAUCGAGGACGAGGGAGCAGUCAAGGUCCGAAGCAUCAUCCAGGCAACCAGCCUGCCCCAGAAUGUGCUGGACCUGACACACCACUACGCUGCGCUGUGCGCGACGUUCCGAAGCAGCGGCACCGACGGUUAG